CACAUUGAACUGUGGGACUCCAUCAUUUGAUUCUGUGGCUACCUGUUCUUUAUACUUCAUAAAAUCAAAGAUAGCCAGAAGCAUCUCCUGCGUGCAGAACAUGACAGGACGUGAGCUCCUGAUGAUGACACAUCAAACCUCGCCUGCUGAGGUUGAACUAACAUGUUAUUACACUGUGAAGAAUACAGGAGGACAGCAUCUGUCUCCAGACAGUCACAUAUCCUCAGUCACUGUUCACAAUGUUGAGAAAAUAGACUCAACCACAUCUCAGAGAGUAUCAACAUUCAGUGUGACUGCUGGUCAAACAUUUAGCACCACAGCAAGGAAAACAGACAGCUUAUCUUCCAUUUCCCCAGGAUCAGUUAAACCCACAGUAGGUGGUACAACAGAUUCUACGGACAAAAUGACCCCUGGGUUUCUUGUGACGUCACCAGUCCCCCAAACAAAUUCUACGGACAAAAUGACCCCUGGGUUUCUUGUGACGUCACCAGUCCCCCAAACAAAUGCUGAGAACUUCUCCCAGACCAUCCCAGCUUUCCCUGCAACAACUGUGAUGAUGAUCUGGAGGUUCAUAGCAGUUGGAAUUACCUCUUUAUUCCUGCUCAGAUUGACUCUCUAUUUUUGUAAAAGCAGGACGGUUGAACAGGUGUGGAUGUCUAGUUUGAACAACAGAGAGAUGGCAGGUUGUGACGAACCUACACUGCUGCAACACUGAGUGACAACUGAACGCCACAGCCUCAGCCAACAAAACUACAGGAAGAUUGAGAGUAAAUUAAAUCAUUUGAAUGAGAGGUUUUCAAAGUGUGGGAGAGUGAUCCUUCCUCAGAGAAUAAAUAGACAGCUGUGCCCUUGAAAUAACAUUAUUGCUAUAAUUUCUGUUAAACAUUUUUCUUGUUGCUUUGCUUAAUAUUCUAAGUAUACUUAGUUUAGCAAUCUGUGCACACAGAUUACUAAACUGAGAGCACAGUUUAGUAAAGCGUGAGCACGGAUUCCCACCGGCUUUGUUUUUUCCCACCCACUGACACUUGCGUAAGAACUCCGUAAGAAGUAAUUUGCUGAGAGAAUAAAAAAAACAUUUUUAAUUGUGUAUAAACCAACAUAGAGAAGGAGAAUGUGUGGAUUUCAGAUUUUCUAAAAAUGUAUUACAUCUUUAUUAUACCCAUUUAUUGUGAGCAUUACAUUUCUGAAUCAUUUCUACUUGAACCAAAAAUGCUGUCAAGCGACUUCAGAUGGUUAUUAAUGGUCUCCUGGUGGUUGAAAGAUGAUCAUAUUCCUCUUAAAUCAAUUUUAGAAUUUGUCACCAGUUUAAGACAAAAGUGUUUUAUAACAAAAUGUAAAUGUAACAAGAUUUGGCUUUUUUGUUAUUUAAUUAUCAAGAAAGAAUUGUUCCUUCAAAGUUGUCAUUGUUGUGAAGUUGUGAAUAACAAAGUUUUAUAUUGGAGCAAAUUUGCUAUUUUUAAUAAAAAAAAUUUUUUUUGCA